AUGCAAAAGAUAUUACGAGCAGAUGAAAUUACAAAAAUACAAGUCCUUGGAAAAGACAAAAGGAAGAGGAUAGAAAUGAUAUUCUCAGAAAGUGAGGACAGUGACCUGGAUAAAGAACAAAGAGAACCGUAUUCAGGAAGCAACUUUCUGUACAGUGAAAGUAGCAGUGAUGAUGAAGAGCCUUUAUUUCAACUUUCCAAGGUAGAACUGUGUGCCAAAAUAAAAAGUCUGAAGAGGAAGCUGACAGACACCAUGAGAGAAAACUGCCGCCUAAGGCAGUCCUUGGUGAUGCUUCAAGUGUUGCCACAGGCAGUCACCCAUUUUGAGGAACUGGUUGGGAUGGCUGAAGCGCUGCUUAAAGGGGGAGUGACAUCAUCUACAUCCAGUCUGCAUUCACAUGCUGUUUGGAAAGCAUCUAACAAUCCGUUAGCGGAUUCAUAUGCAGCUAUGCAUAGUAACUCCAGCUCACCCAUAACUUUGAAUGUGGAGGAUGAGGAGCAACAGACUGAAAAACAGUUCAAGAUCGAAAAGUGGCAGAUUGCACUUUGUAACAAGAGCAAACCUCAAAAGUUUAUAAAUGACUUGAUGCAAGCACUUUAUACACAUGAAUACAUGGCUACACACAGCCUGACAGGUGCAAAGUCCUCCUCUUCAAAGGAUAAAGCGGCAAAACCAGCUAUGAACCAGAAUGAAGUUCAGGAAAUCAUAGGAAUCACAAAACAGUUGUUUCCAAACACAGAUGAUGCUUUAAUUAGGCGAAUGAUGGGACAAAAACUGAACAAUUGCACCAAGAAGCCAAUUUUAAGCAAAGAUCUUAACUCAGGUGCUUUUCAGAAGCAUAGCUUUUGUGCUUCAACAGCUGCUCCUCAGGGCAUCAUCUCUUUGGCGGUUCCUCCCAGUACACAAGACCAGCAGGAUGAUGAUUCACCAGCUGCUAAUGCACAAAUUCAGCAGAGUGACAGCCGUCCGACCCCUCCACCUCCCGCCCCGCAAGGUCAGCAGGAGUGUUUCAAACCCGCUUCUAAGGUGGAGUCUCAUCUCGCCAGAAGCUCACCAGCGCCCUCUCCCAACCAGGGUUGUGGACAGGAUCUCAGGAAUUCAGACAAG